GCGGGCUCUGGGGCUGUUGCCAUUGAAUGACCAGGAAGGGUGAGGCCCCUGCGGUGGCCCCGGGUUGGGGCCGAGGGUCGCGGGUGCUCAGAGCACUGCAGUCGCGGAUACGCAGGCUUCGCCUCCAGAUCUGGGCCUCAGGGGGAGGCAGGCUCCGCGUUCCUGGGAAGCCGGGGGCCCUACCGGUCUCGGCUGGGGGCGGGAGAAGGGAAACAGCCCUGAUAUGCGGCCCCAGAAAAAAGUGGCCUCCGCCACGGUUUGGGGACAGGUUGAUCUCGAGUCAACAUGUCUGCUUCAGUGAAAGAAAGCCUUCAGCUUCAGCUGCUGGAGAUGGAAAUGCUGUUUUCUAUGUUUCCUAACCAAGGAGAAGUAAAACUUGAAGAUGUAAAUGCCCUGACUAAUAUAAAGAGGUAUUUGGAAGGCACGAGGGAGGCGCUGCCACCAAAAAUCGAAUUUGUGAUAACGCUUCAGAUUGAGGAGCCCAAGGCGAAAAUUGAUUUGCAAGUAACCAUGCCUCACAGCUACCCCUACGUAGCAUUGCAGCUAUUUGGACGAUCAUCUGAGCUUGACAGACAACAGCAGCUACUUCUCAACAAAGGUCUCACUUCUUAUCUAGGGACUUUUGAUCCAGGUGAGCUCUGUGUAUGUGCAGCAAUCCAGUGGCUACAAGACAACAGUGCAUCCUAUUUCCUGAACAGAAAGCUCAUGUAUGAACCAUCUACACAAGCAAAGCCAGUUAAGAACACAUUCCUCCGAAUGUGGAUCUACAGUCACCAUAUAUAUCAGCAGGACCUAAGGAAAAAGAUUUUGGAUGUUGGGAAAAGGUUAGAUGUGACUGGAUUUUGCAUGACAGGAAAGCCUGGUAUAAUCUGUGUGGAGGGUUUCAAAGAGCACUGUGAGGAGUUCUGGCACACAAUUAGGUACCCCAAUUGGAAGCACAUUUCCUGUAAACAUGCUGAAAGCACGGAGACAGAAGGAAAUGGUGAGGACCUGCGACUUUUCCAUUCUUUUGAAGAAUUACUCCUUGAAGCUCAUGGUGACUAUGGGUUAAGGAAUGACUAUCACAUGAAUCUGGGCCAGUUCUUAGAAUUUCUCAAGAAGCACAAAAGUGAGCAUGUUUUUCAGAUAUUAUUUGGUAUUGAAAGUAAAAGUUCAGAGUCAUAGGAAGCUAUUAAGAGGCCUAUGCUUGUAAUUUCAUUCAGUCAGUAUUUCUAUUAAUAAGACCAAAAUAAAAAGGCCAGUGGCUGUGUUGUAUCCUCCAUGAGAAACCUAGCUCCAGAAUUUUCAUCUGGUUAUGAAUUUCAACUAGUAAUGAAAUGAAUAGGCCUUUUGACUUUAUAACCAUGCAGUUGUGAUGUUUUCUGUAGGUUCUUAUGUUAAGUCAUUUGAAAACUAUUUCAUUGUAAAUUAAUAAAAACAAUCCAUUUAA